AUGACCUCACCCGGAACCCCCCUCCUCCGUCCUCCGACCCAAUCACACCCAGCCACUGACCUAUGUCGUACCAGCAGUCAGCACAGUCAGGCAAGUGACCUGAUUAUUCCCUACGAUCUGAGAUUGGGCUAUUUUGAGUUGACACCAUACGAUACAUACUGCGGAAUGACUCGCGUGCUGGCCCUAAGUAUCGUGGGGAUCCUAGCUGCCGUAGGCAUGACACAGACGGUCUGUCUAGAGGAGUGCUUCGACAUGGAGCAGCCGUGCCCAUAUGGCCAGAGAUCGAUCAACGUCGAGGGCUGCUGGAGUUGCUGCCGUCCAAUCGACGAGGACUCAACAAAUGAAUGA